AUGAAAAAAGGAAAAUUUAACCUGAUAUUGGCGAAAUAUAACGAAAAACGGGCAAGUUGGCUUGCUGAAACUGUAGAUGGUCUUGCUCACAACGGCGAUCUGCUGGGCUUCUAUGGUCAACUGUUGCGUAACCUGAAUCCAGUCAACGUCGCGGGCUACAUUGACGCCUACAUCAAUCGCACGGAUCUGGGUCUGGUUCCCGACUGCACCGGCUUUCUAAUGGAGGAGAAUCCUGACAAGUUGGCGCUCGAUUUCCUGUAUUUUCUUCGAACUGAGGGCCUGGGUGAGUUGUCUUAUUUUAAACAUUGCUUUGAGGAUUGCUUACUUGGAUGA